UAUUCGAGAGAGAGAGAAAUAGGAAAGCAACCUAACUAAGACCCGCGCUUUACAAAAGAGACGCGCAUAAAGAAUAGGGAGAGAGAGAGAGGGGAGAGAGAUUCAUGAUUGUUCGCAGCAGAAUGUGGGCACUCGAGAGGUAUACAAUUGUAUAGAUCGAUCGUUUUGGCGUCAAUCCUAAGCGGUGAUCUUCAUUUCUGGAUUCACGUGCUUGUUUUGAUGAAGAUGAUGAUGAUAGUAUAUGAUACAGCUUAGCUACAGGAAUUUGUGUUGAAUUUUUGGAACUUUCUAUAUGUGCGGCAAUCUAAUUAAGCUCGAUUUGACUGGUUUAGUGUCCUAAACUUUGUUUCAACAAAGAAACUUUUAAGAUCCAGGACAUUUCAAUAUCGGCUGGUGUUGAUUUCAACGACUUUUCGUCUCCUAGCAGAUUUAGUAACGCUAACAAAAACAAUGCAAGGAGAUGUUGUACAUUCGGAAGAUAAUGACAGGACAAAGAGAUCCGAUUUAGAUGUUUCUGAAGACGAGAGGAGAAGAUCUAGGAUCAGAUCUCUGAAGAAGAAGACAAUGAAUGCUUCAUCUAGACUUACACACACACUGCGGAAACGCAGCAGGCGCGUUGUUCCUUGUCGAUUUGCUGCAAUUUCGAUCGCUGAUGUGCGAGAUGAGAAGGAGGAAGAGGCUGUGAAUGCGUUUCGUCAGGAAUUGAUGGCCAAUUAUCUGCUUCUUUCUCGUCACGAUGACUACCAUACAAUGCUGAGAUUUCUGAAAGCAAGGAAAUUUGACCUUGAUAAAAGCAUUCAGAUGUGGGCAGAUAUGCUUAACUGGAGGAAGGAAAACAGAGUUGACACAAUUAUUCAGGAUUUCAUCUACGAGGAAAGAGAGGAAGUUCAGAAGUAUUAUCCUCAUGGUUAUCAUGGCAUAGACAAAGAGGGAAGGCCUGUUUAUAUUGAGAGGCUUGGGAAAGUUGAACCCAGUAAGCUUAUGAAUGUGACAACAGUGGAUAGGUUCUUAAAAUAUCACGUGCAGGGGUUUGAAAAGACCUUUGCCGAGAAGUUCCCAGCCUGUUCUGUUAUGGCCAAGCGGCAUAUAUAUUCUACUACAACAAUAUUGGAUGUUCAUGGAGUUAACUGGAUGACUUUUGGCAAGGUUGCACAUGAUCUGAUUAUGCGAAUGCAGAAAAUAGAUGGUGAUAACUAUCCUGAGACUCUAAAUCAAAUGUACAUUGUCAACUCUGGUAAUGGAUUCAAACUACUAUGGAACACAAUAAAGAGCUUUCUUGAUCCUAGGACAACGGCUAAGAUACAUGUCCUGGGUAAACAAUUCCAGAGUAAACUGUUGGAAGUCAUAGAUUCCAGUGAGUUGCCUGAUUUUCUUGGUGGAACUUGCCAUUGCCCACAUGAAGGUGGAUGCCUUGGUUCUAAUAAGGGACCAUGGAAUGAUGCAGAAGUAAUGAAGUUAGUUCAUCUUGGUGAAGCAACAUACAUGAAUUCUAUCAAUCUUUCUGAUGGAGAUGAAUCUGAAACCAGGCCCUUUACUUCUAAGGGAGAAAGUAGAGAAAUUAUUUCAAAUGAGGCCGGGUUGGACACUGUACAAAGCACAUCAGAAAUUGUGCCAGCCAUUUCACCUCAAGAUGAAGGCGGGAUGGAUCUCAUGUCAUCUCUUACCUCUGGCCCUAUGGAACUCAUCAAUGAUCGUGUUGCAGAUGGUGUUGAUUCAAGGAGUAAGUGCUAUAAAGAAGAGAUGUUGACUUACCCUGAACUGAUUUCUUGCAUUACAGAUAUUAACAUAACAAGUGAGAUAAGAGAAAGAAGAUGGACCAAGAAAUUUAUGAUAAGCUUGUUUCUCAACCUGUUCAAAUUAUUUUUGCGCAUUUAUCAUUUAAUCCCAACAUUGGGAAGAUAUUUUGCACGAAAUAAUGUUGGACGGCAGGUGGAAGCAAACCGCGAGUCUGAAUCUACUAAUUCAAGCUCUGAAGAGAAUGCUGUUCCUCAGGUCAGAGAAGAAAGCCUCCUCCGCCCAUGUUGCGAGAGACUGCAACUUCUAGAAGCAAUGGUGUCUGAACUGUUGAACAAACCCAAAAGCAUUCCUCAAGAGAAAAAUGACAUGCUUCUUCAGUCCCUAGAUCGUAUAAAGUCAAUUGAGUUUGACUUGCAAAAGACUAAGAAAGCACUGCUUGCAACUGCGUCGAAGCAAGUGGAGCUUGCUGAAUCAAUGGAAACCCUAAUGGAGGGAGAUGUAAAUGUGUCCAACUCUUGUUGGGUAAGGAGUAGGCGGCCUUAUACAUGUGGUAGAUGACAACUUAUAUAUAUUUAUAAGAUGCAAAGAAAAUACUGAUUUCUUAGUUUUGGGACGGUUGACUUUCUCUGACCCAUACAAAAUAUUAACCACCGCCAAUUUUGGAGCGCAAACCAGCAGGUUCACAAGUUUGCAAAUAGAUAGAUGAUACAAUUAAGUGACCAUACAGAGGACAAACUUUUUACUUGGGACGAUUUCAGUUUCUUUACUAUACAGAAAAAAAACGUUUACUUAAUCUUUAAUGAGCGGGAAAUCUGAUUUAUUGCAUAUACAAGUGUAAACAGCAGGACUAAUUUAUUGCAUAUAAAAGUGAUUAUUACCCAUUUUAUU